AUGUCUAAGCUGAAUUUGGGUCCUGUCAAGGCGUUUAAUGUUAUGAAGACUUGUUUUGGCGGUUUUGAAGACGUGGGCGCAAGCAAAGUUGAAUUUAAGAACUAUAAGAGAUACUCUGUGGUGUUUGUACCGUUCACUGGUAUAGACAAUCAUCACUGCAAUGUUACAUUUGGUGCAGCAUUGUUGGCGUCGGAAACUGCUGAUACGUAUAUUUGGUUGUUAAGAGUUUUUCUAAAAGCUGUUGGUUCUCAACCAAAAGUUGUUGUUAGUGACCAAGAUCCAGCGAUGAACAAGGCUAUUUCUCCUGUUGGUGUUAGGCUAUGCAAUUCCACCAAUUUUAAAGAACGUAUCUGUAGUGUUGUGUGGACAGAUAUUCUCACACCUGAAGAGUUUGAAUCACAAUGGGAAGCGGUUAUUGCAGAAUUCAAUUUAGAAGAUAAUGACUGGCUAUCUAAUAUUUUUGCACUUAGGGAAUCUUGGAUCCCUGCAUACUAUAGAAUGGAGCAUAUGUCUGGUCUUAUGCGAACGACAUCCAGGUCGGAGAGUGAGAAUCAUUUUUUUGGUCAAAUGUGCAAUUCGAAAGCUACUCUUGUUGAGUUCAUGACGCAUUAUGAGACUGCAAUAGAAGCACAACGUCACACACAUCCUGAGCUUAUUGGAGUUGUGGAUUGCAUAAAUCAACGUUACGAAGAUCAGCCUGAUGGGUUUGUUAAGUUUUACGUAAAUGACUUCCAACAGCUUUACAAACAUUCUAUGCAUGGCUUUAUAGAGAUAUUGUUUUUGGCGUUUUUCAGGGAAUUUCCAAAACAAUACAUUCUGAAUAGAUGGCGCAAAGAGGCCUCCCCAAACUGCUCUCCUGAAUUCUCAAUUAGUCGUGAAUAUAUGACCGAGCUUGAUCCUGAUGUGCAAAGUAUGAUGCGAGAUGUUAUUUAUUCAACUGAAUACACUUUGAACCGUUUAUCUGGUAAUAAAGAGGAGCUAUCCUUAUACAAGGAUCAUGUUCAAUCUUAUAUGAAGAAGGUUCAAGAUAUGCAGAUUGUUGCUCCUCCCGCUAGUUCUAGGGAUAGAUUUGCCGAGAUAACUGGUCAAUAUAAAAACAACAAGAAUCCGAUAAGAGUCCCUGUAGGUUAUAAAUCCAAAUGUUCUGUUUCUCGGAAGCGCCUGAAAUCUAAACAGGAGAUGGCAAUCGACAAAAAAAAAAUCAAAGUCAAAACCCAGGGCCAAAGAAAGACAGUGUCAGAACUGCAAAGCCUAUGGACACUACGCAUCAACAUGCAAACAGGCCGUAAUUAA